AGAACCACCCGCCCCUUUAUUUGUGGUGGGAAUCCCCAAAACAGCCUGUGGACGGUGUCCGAUGAAAACGUUUUACUAUCCGUUUUCCUAAUCGAAUCGACUUACUAAGUGACUUAUUUGACUACUCAGUGGUAACCAUACCAUACCAGAUGGAGUCAGCCAUGGAUGACUUAAGCCGGGUGUUGCUGGAUUCCCAGGAAACAUUCAGUGAUAUCUGGCAAACCUACAUGGAAAACCCUGCUCAUUCUGUUGAGGAUAACAGGGCACCCGACAUCCUGCAAGUAACGCUCAGAGACUCGCAAGGGGAAUUUGAUGCGGAACUCUUUAACAUUUCGAUGGAGCAGCUCGCCAACGAAGGCGUCCCCCCACCGGCGUCCACUGUGCCGGUCGCAACAGACCAUCCCGGAGAAUACGAGUUACUACUCCGCUUCCAGAAGUCUGGAACUGCCAAGUCGGUCACAUCUACUUUUUCCCCGAUGCUCAACAAGCUGUUCUGCCAGGUGGCUAAGACCACCCCGGUGGAAAUUCUGGUGGGCAAAGAACCGCCGGCGGGUGCUAUCCUCAGAGCCAUGGCGGUCUACAAGAAAACGGAGCACGUGGCCGACGUGGUACGCCGAUGCCCCCACCACCAAAACCAGGAUACCACAGAAUACCGCACCCACCUGAUCCGAAUGGAAGGCAGCCAGAGGGUGCAGUAUUCCGAGGACCCGUACACCAAGAGGCAGAGCGUGACCGUUCCCUACGAGCCCCCCCAGUUGGGCUCUGAGAUGACAACUAUCCUCCUCGGCUUCAUGUGCAACAGCUCCUGUAUGGGUGGGAUGAACCGAAGGCCAAUCCUCGCAAUUCUCACUCUGGAGACCCCCGAGGGGCUGAUUUUGGGCCGCAGGUCUUUUGAGGUACGCAUUUGCGCAUGUCCCGGCCGGGAUCGCAAAACCGAAGAGGAGAACCACGGCAAGACUAAUAACGGCACCAAGCAAACUAAGAAACGAAAGAGCACCACAGCGGCGGCCGGCGCUCCGGUUAAAAGACCCAGUUCCACGUCCAGCGUGGUGGAAGACGACGAGGAAAUUUUUCAUUUGCCAAUUCGAGGACGGGCCCGUUAUGAAUUGUUUAAACAAUUUAAUGAGGGCCUGGAGCUGCAGGACAAAAAAGGAAAAAACAAGCCAAAUGCGGUGGUGGACCAGGACACACCCAUGCCGUCUAGUGGGAAACGAGUCAUGCUGAAAGAAGAGCGCAGUGACUCUGAAUGAAAAGCCGGAACCCCCCCCUUGGAAAAAAACCCAAUAAUCCAAAAGUUUUAAUUUGUACUGUUAUUUUUUUAUGUCUCAUGUAAUCAUUCCUUUUAGUUUUAUUUCAUUUUGAGUGUCAUCGGUUAUUUUAUACUGUAGUCAAGUGGUCCCCAACCACCAAGCCGCGGGCCGGUAUCGGUAACGCACCCAGGCCAAUGAAUCAAUACUGCCUUCUAAAUUGAUUCAUCGAAAAAAAUCGAAGUGCUUUAAGUUGCUGCCAGUUCGUGAUGGGUUUGAAGUUAAAAAAAAAAAAAAGUUGGGGACCACUGCUUUAGUCUAGUAUGGAUUAAGGUGCCCAUUUGGAGGAUCUCUUUUGUCAAACAUGUUUUUCCAUUAAAUGAUAUAUCAUA